GCUUCAGCUCAGACUGAACGUGAGUGACAGCUCCGUGGACGAGCUGCAGAGGAAGAACUCAGCUCUGCAGAGUCGUCUGAACUCUCUGGAGGAAAAACUGAACUCAUCAUCUAAAAGAGACGAACUCAGCUUCAUGCGAGACGAGGUGUCCUCGAUGAACCACAGGAUGAACUCAGGUGAGCUUCAGGUGCAGGAGCUGAUGAAAAACUCUUCAGAGUUGGAGGUCAGACUGGGAGUCAGUGAUAAACAGCUGGAGCAUCUGCACACACAGAACUCAGUUUUGAGCUUCAGACUGAAUGAAACUGAGGAUCGUCUGCAGCAGCUCACAAACACAAACUCAGUUCAGUCUGUUAAGCUUUCCUCUCUGGAGUCCAGAGUGACUCACGGACACAACAACACUACAGCUCUGGAGGUCAGACUGAGAUCCUCUGAGACACAGCUGGAACAGCUGCAGAAUCACACUGCAGAGUUAGAGGUCAGACUGGGAGUCAGUGGGAAAAAGCUGGAACACCUGCACACACAGAACUCAGUUUUGAGCUUCAGACUGAAUGAAACUGAGGAUCGUCUGCAGCAGCUCACAAACACAAACUCAGUCACUGAAAACCAGCUGAAGACUCUCAUCAAAGUUCAGUCUGUUGAGCUUUCCUCUUUGGAGUCCAGAGUGACUCAUGGACACAACAACACUACAGCUCUGGAGGUCAGACUGAGAUCAUCUGAGACACAGCUGGAACAGCUGCAGAACCACACUGCAGCUCUGGAGGUCAGACUGAGAGUCAGUGAGACACAGGUGGAUCAUCUGUACACACAGAACUCAGAGUUGGAUAUCAGACUGGGGGUCAGUGAGACACAGCUGGAAUUCCUGCACACACAGAACUCAGAGUUGGAGGUCAGACUGGGAAUCAGUGGGAAAAAGCUGGAACACCUGCACACACAGAACUCAGUUUUGAGCUUCAGACUGAAUGAAACUGAGGAUCGCCUGCAGCAGCUUACAAACGGAAACUCAGUCACUGAAAACCAGCUGAUGACUCUCAUCAAAGUUCAGUCUGUUGAGCUUUCCUCUCUGGAGUCCAGAGUGACUCACGGACACAACAACACUACAGUUCUAGAGGUCAGACUGAGAUCCUCUGAGACACAGCUGGAACAGCUGCAGAAUCACACUGCAGAUCUCGAGGUCAGACUGAGAGUCAGUGAGACACAGCUGGAACAUCUGCACACACAGAACUCAGUUCAGUCUGUUGAGCUUUCCUCUCUGGAGUCCAGAGUGACUCACGGACACAACAACACUACAGUUCUAGAGGUCAGACUGAGUUCCUCUGAGACACAGCUGGAACAGCUGCAGAAUCACACUGCAGAUCUCGAGGUCAGACUGAGAGUCAGUGAGACACAGCUGGAACAUCUGCACACACAGAACUCAGUUCAGUCUGUUGAGCUUUCCUCUCUGGAGUCCAGAGUGACUCACGGACACAACAACACUACAGUUCUAGAGGUCAGACUGAGUUCCUCUGAGACACAGCUGGAACAGCUGCAGAAUCACACUGCAGAUCUCGAGGUCAGACUGAGAGUCAGUGAGACACAGCUGGAACAUCUGCACACACAGAACUCAGUUCAGUCUGUUGAGCUUUCCUCUCUGGAGUCCAGACUGACAGACAAACACAACAACACUACAGAGUUGGAGGUCAGACUGGGAAUCAGUGAGAAACAGCUAGAACAUCUGCACACACAGAACUCAGUUUUAAGCCUCAGACUGAAUGAAACUGAGGAUCAUCUGCAGCAGCUCACAAACACAAACUCAGGUGAGCUGAAGGUGGCAUUCUCAGCCGGUCUGACUGAUUCAGGAUCAGUCGGACCGUUUGACCAGGAGACGACUCUGAUCUUCUCCAAAACCAUCACCAACAUUGGCCGCGCCUACAACCAGACAGCGGGUGUGUUCACAGCUCCUGUCAGAGGACUUUACUUCUUCAGCUUCACGGCUGCAGAUUACCUCAAAGGUUACAUGGGACUCUACCUGUACAGGAACAAUCAGCCAAUCACCUUCAGCCUGAACCUGAAUGACCAUGGCGGCUAUGCCUCCACGUCCAACGGAGUGGCACUGCAACUGGAGGAGGGUGACGGGGUCCACCUCAGUCUGCCGGCCAGCUACAGGCUCUACGACGACUCCCGAAACUUCAGCGUGUUCUCCGGCUUCCUGCUGUUCUCCCUCUGACGGGACAUCCCCCCUCUAACGGGACCAUCCCCCCUCUGAUGGGACAUCCCCCCCUAACGGGACCAACCCCCUCUGACGGGACAUCACCCUUCUGACGGGACCAUCCCCCCUCUGACAGAACCAACCCCCUCUGACGGGACCAUCUCCUGACCCUACCCCGUGCCUCGGACAGUGAGCUCG